UGGGGCCCUGUGCGUUGGAGUACACGAAGAUGAAGACCGCUGACCACUUCUGGACAGACCCCUCAGCUGACGAGCUGGUUCAGAGGCACCGGAUCCACAGCUCGCACUGUCGCCAGGACUCGCCCACCAAGCGCCCUGCGCUCUGCAUUCAGAAAAGGCAUUCGAGUGGCAGUAUGGAUGACCGGCCGUCGCUGUCUGCCAGGGACUACGUGGAGUCGCUGCACCAGAAUUCCCGAGCCACGCUCCUCUACGGCAAGAACAACGUCCUGGUGCAGCCGCGAGAUGACAUGGAGGCAAUCCCGGGAUAUUUAUCCCUUCACCAGACUGCCGACAUCAUGGCACUGAAGUGGACUCCCAACCAGCUGAUGAACGGCUCUGUGGGGGAUCUGGACUAUGAGAAGAGCGUGUACUGGGACUACGCCAUGACUAUUCGCCUGGAGGAGAUCGUCUAUUUACACUGUCACCAGCAAGUAGACAGCGGUGGAACGGUUGUCUUGGUGAGCCAGGAUGGGAUUCAGAGGCCUCCGCUGCGUUUCCCCAGAGGAGGGCACUUACUGCAGUUCCUGUCCUGCCUGGAGAAUGGCCUCCUGCCCCAUGGGCAGCUGGAUCCACCCCUCUGGUCGCAGCGGGGAAAGGGGAAGGUGUUUCCCAAGCUGAGGAAGCGAAGUCCCCAGGGCUCCUCUGAGUCUGCAUCCGACAAGGAAGAUGACGAAGCCACAGAUUACGUUUUCAGAAUAAUCUACCCAGGGACACAGUCUGAAUUUGUGCCCCAGGACCUGAUGGACACGCCGGGUGCUGGCCUUCCUCCCAUGUGGCAACCCAGCACCCGCAAGUCCUCCUGCUCCUCCUGUUCUCAGAGUGGCUCCUCCGACGGUGGGCCAUCCAACGGCUGCAGCCACGAGAGAGCUCCGCUGAAGCUUUUGUGUGACAAUAUGAAGUACCAAAUCCUCUCCCGGGCCUUCUACGGCUGGCUGGCCUACUGCAGACACCUCUCCACGGUGCGAACCCACCUCUCUGCGCUGGUUAACCACAACAUCGUGUCUCCUGAUGUGCCCUGCAACGCCAGCGCGGGACUGACUGUGGACAUUUGGCAGAGAUACCUGCAGGACAGCACGAGUUAUGAGGACCAGGAGCUGCUGCGGCUGAUCUACUAUGGUGGGAUCCAGCACGAGAUCAGGAAGGCUGUCUGGCCCUUCCUUUUGGGCCAUUAUCAGUUUGGGAUGACCGAAGCAGAAAGGAGAGAGGCUGACGACCAGAUCCGCACCUGCUACGAGCACACCAUGGCGGAGUGGCUGGGCUGCGAGGCCAUCGUCCGGCAGCGGGAGAAGGAAUCGCACGCAGCAGCUCUGGCCAAGUGCUCCUCUGGGGCCAGUCUGGAUUCCCACAUUCAGAGAAUGAUGCACAGGGACUCGACGAUCAGCAAUGAGUCUUCGCAGAGCUGCAGCUCUGGCCGACAGAAUCACGCCCGGCUGCAGAGCGACUCCAGCUCCAGCACGCAGGUGUUUGAAUCUGUGGAUGAAGUGGAACAGACUGAAGCAGAUACUCAGCUAGAAGAUGUCAAACAAAGCAAGAUCCCCAACGGGACGGUUCCCAACGGCACGUGUUCCCCUGAUUCUGGCCACCCUUCUUCCCAGAACUUCUCCAUCACAUCGGGGUUCUCGGAGCGCAGCUUCAGCAAUGAGGACAGUGCCCUGGAAACCAACAAAUCCUCGGCCAGCUCUCAGGGAAAGGCUGGUGGGUCCGACGUCCCAGCCCCACAGGACCUGGAUGGUGCCCGGCAGGAGGAGGAGCUUCAGGGCCAAGACAGCCUGGAAAGUGAAUUUUCCACCGGUGGAAGCGUGGACUUUGUUCCCAUGAGUGGGAGCUCGGCAGGGGUCCUGCGUGAUUGUCACGCUGUGGCCCUGACUGUGGUAGAGAGCUGGGCAGACAGCGAAGCCGAAAAGCAAAGCUUGGUGGAGAGUGAAGAUAACCUCUCUGAGGAGCCGGAGAUGGAGAGUUUGUACCCACAGCUGGAUUCUCUGGCUGUAGCUGAUCUGGCCAACAGUGAAACAUCUGCUGUCUCCUUGACGGGUGUCACCUACUCUCCAGAGCUACUGGACAUGUACACGGUGAACCUGCACCGCAUUGAGAAGGACGUGCAGCGAUGUGACCGCAACUACUGGUACUUCACCCCUGCCAACCUGGAGAAACUCCGCAACAUCAUGUGCAGUUACAUCUGGCAACACAUUGAGAUUGGCUACGUGCAGGGGAUGUGUGACCUGCUAGCCCCUCUCCUGGUCAUCCUGGAUGAUGAGGCUCUGGCUUUCAGCUGUUUCACCGAGCUUAUGAAGAGGAUGAAUCAGAACUUUCCCCACGGAGGAGCCAUGGACACCCACUUUGCCAACAUGAGAUCUCUGAUCCAGAUUCUGGACUCUGAGCUCUUUGAGCUGAUGCACCAGAAUGGUGAUUACACUCAUUUCUACUUCUGCUACCGAUGGUUUCUCCUGGACUUCAAGAGAGAGCUGGUGUAUGAUGACGUGUUCGCCGUCUGGGAGACCAUCUGGGCAGCUGCACAUGUUUCUUCUGCACACUAUGUGCUCUUCAUAGCCCUGGCUUUGGUGGAAAUGUACCGGGACAUCAUCUUGGAGAACAACAUGGAUUUUACAGACAUCAUCAAGUUUUUCAACGAAAUGGCUGAGCGGCACAACACCAAGCAGAUCCUGAAGCUGGCUCGGGACCUUGUCUAUAAAGUCCAGACUCUGAUUGAGAACAAAUGA